CCAAGUAUGGAAAGGAGCGUUUUGUGUUUACUUCUCAUGCUACCUACAAUAACGUCGUGUUGUCGUCAAGGUGUUAAUUGUCACCUUCCGGACUGUUUCUGUACUACAUACUUUCAUCCUAUAGACCGACAUACCAUUCCUCAAAUGGUGUAUUUUGGAUUUGAUGAUGGCGUUCGGGAGCACAUCGUGCCAUAUGUUGACCAACUGUUUGGCGAGCCUCGGAAGAAUCCGAAUGGGUGUCCACUAAGUGUGACCUUCUUCGUGUCCGGAGAUAACACUGAUUAUAAUGUUCUCAGGAAUUUCUAUCACCGUGGUUACGAGCUUGCCUCCCAUAGCGUUACACACGGACACAUCAACAGCGCUAAGCGACUCAAAGAGGAGGCAGAAACACAGAGAGACAAUAUUAUUACCGAGGUCCGCAGUGUAACUAAAGAUGCAGUUGUCGGCUGGCGAAGUCCGUACUUACAGACGGCAGGUGAUGCGCAGGUGGAAGUGUUACAAGAGCUAGGAUAUACUUACGACAUAUCACUAACGCAUACCAAGGCGAGUAUUGAAAACUUGGACCCAUGGCCACUGACACUCGACUACGGUUGGCCUUUCAAAUGCGUUAUUCCACCAUGUAUCAACAACCGACACCCCGGGUUCUGGGAGAUCCCCGUGAACGCCAUGAGAGACUACAGAAAUGAAGGGGAUUGUGUAUAUUUUGACACGUGUAAAAAAGAGACAGAGACUUUCAACGAAACAUAUGACUACAUAAUGAAUAACUUUCUGAGUCAUUAUAAUGGUAAUAAGGCACCGUUUGGAUUCCACAUGCACGUCGGCUGGUUCAAACGUCCGGACAAUUUGGCGGCGAUGGAUAAAGCGAUUGGGGAUAUGCUAUCACGCAAAGGAGUUUAUAUAGUCAACGUCAAACAGGUCAUCGAGUGGAUGAAGGACCCUAAAAACGUAACCCAACUGGACGAUUUCCAUCCCUGGAGCUGUGCUCAAAAACGUUAUAUAUCGACCGAAAUGUCGUUAACAGAAAUAUUGUUAUUGUUAUUUGUUAUUGCAGCAUUAGGUCUUUACAUAUACAUAAUGACAAAAUGGUUACGAGUUCGUAAGAAAUGAUCAUAUUUUAACAGAUUGGUUUGUUUUUGUUGUUGUUAAAGUAUAGAAUACCAAUCCGUGUACUAGUUUGUUUUUGUCUUAAAUUCAGUGUUUGUGUAUAAACUUUGCGAGUUGCAAAAUGCCAUUCAUUUGAAUGUAGGUAAUAUGUACUAACAAUUCGAAAAGUAUAUAUAAUAAUAUAGUUUUGAUUAUGGUCAUAUAAUGUAUCUCUGCCAUAUUUUAUAACAUAGACAUUAUCCAAAUCGAGGAAAAUUGAAACAGCGUUUUCCAGAAAACCCGAAUCAAUAACACUAAUUUGUAAACAUCAUGAGUCUGAAGAUUGACUUGGUUGUAGAUACGAUUUCAUUAUAUACUUGCGCUCGGAGUCGAGCAUUUGUUCAUGUUCUUCAGUGUGUCUAAAAUACCAAGUGAUAUUGUACGUUGUACUGUGAUUUUAACUACCUGAACACUAGAUAUUUACAUACUACACUGACAUUCACUCAAUAGCCAUUGUUCCUGUAAAAUGGAGUUACCAUCUCAUCACCUGACUGCAAAACGUGACAAGUUUCCGUGACGUCGACAACAAUACAUGUGGACACAGCUAAGCAUUGCUUCAGCAAAUUUCAGGCUGUUUCUUUUAUUAAACCGAUCACAUUAUAAUAAAUUUUGAAAAUUAAAUUUGCGUCUGCUGGUCAGUUUAAUGAAUAAAAUAAUUACGAAACAUUCACAGAAAAAGACUGAAGUUUCUAUUUUUGUCACAUAAUGAGGUGAUAGGUCACAUAAUGAGGUGAUAGGUCACAUAAUGAGGUGAUAGCUCACAUAAUGAGGUGAUAGCUCCAGUUGAGCACGUCAUAGUUUGCCUUCUAUGAUAAAUGUACACGCGCUCAACUGAGAAAUCACUCCAUUAUUGACCAAAAUAUGGUAAAUUUAUCAUAGAAAUGCCAUUUUUAUGUACCGGGAAGCUUCCGCCCAGUCAAGUUUUCGCCCUUCGACGGUAAAAUCUGUUUCGACCGUAAAAAAACGCCCUUAUUACUUCUAAUUAAUUAUGUUGUUUACUUAUGUUCGCUGUUAUGAUAAAUUCACCCUAAUUACGGAGGGCGAAAUUAAACUGCAGCGAAAUUUCCCAGUAUACUUUAUUCAAUUUGCACUUGCUUAAAUUGAUUUAUCACAUCAUAAACUGACAAAAUAGAGAGUAAUUCCUUAAAAUUUAAAUUAAUUUUAUUUUUACUUUAAUUAAAGUCAUAUAUAAUGUGUAUCAGAUUCAGUUUUCUGGUUAUUAAUACGAUCAAACAGAUAAGUAAACGAGUUCACAACCAAACAGUCGAUAUGACACGAUUAUAUUAAUAUUAU